UGUCGUUCCCGACCUGCAGGAGUUGGGAGUGAAGCAGUGACAAGGGAGAGAAGGAGACAGAUAACACGAACCAACUUGAGAACAUUAAAGCCUAAAAAGGUUAAGGGUGUCGAUUUUAAAAAGCACUUACAUUUUCUUUUAAUGGUAAAAACACAAGACCGGAAGGCCUGAGUCGUUUGACAUUUAGGAAAAAAGGGAUCUGUCUCUGUCUCACCUUCACCAGGGUUCAAGCUGUUGAAAGGGACCAUGGCCGUGGCUGCUAAUGCUACAUGAUCUAGGGUGGCCUUACACCUACAGCCCGUGCUCGCUGAGGACACUGAGAGACACGGGCUUUAGCAAAUGAUUUGAGAUGAAACAUUUUGCUCCAUGGAUCUUGUUACCUUAACAUGGACUUUGCGGGGAUGUCCAAAGGGAUUCUUGUCGGCUUUGAUGGCAAGAGAGAGUUCCUGGUGCAACAUCCCAGCUCAAACCCCCUAUGCACUCCCAGUGAGCCCAGAGACAUCUAAACUAAUGGAGUCUUUCAGAAGAGGCAUUCAAUAAAUGCAGUUCAUCUUGAUAACCCAGUCAAUUGCCAGAUAAGAAGUACAGUUAAUUAAAAAGUCUUUAAGAAGUCAAGAUGGCAGAAAGCCACGGUUCAAGUUCCAGUUCCAGUUCGAACAUCCCUUCCAAGAGGGCCAAAAUCAGCAUUGACCACGUUCCAGAAAAUGGGGCUAAUAUCCAAGAACCAGCAGCUCCGGUUUUUGUGCGUAAGCUCCGUAAAGCAGCAGUGGGAACAGGUUGUGAUAUCCGACUGAGGGUGUCAGUGCUGGGGCAUCCGACACCUUCGCUGGCCUGGUACCGCAACGAUGAGCUCUUAUCUCCAUCGGAAGCCCAGGACUCGGGUGGUCUCUGGAUACGAGACUGCCGCACAAGUGAUGCUGGCUUGUACACAUGCGUGGCAACCAAUGAGCUGGGAGAGGCAAGGUGCAGUGCCGUCUUGGCCGUCAUGGACCUCGGUGAAGACUCUGAGACCACAGAGGAUGAGACCACAGAACCUCAGAUGGAAACCAAAGAAGGGCCCGGGAGGCACCAUGAUAAGGCUGGCCGGAAAGGACCUUCAGGUGAGGGAGGAAGGGUGAUGGACUACAAUCCCGAUGCUUCAGAUCGCAGGGCCACCCUCCCCGGCACCUAUGACCCUGUAGUGGAGCGAGAGCUCCGCACUCUGGGUUCCCGACCUCCAGGGCCUCAUUUGGAUCCCACAAACCCAGCAAGGCUUCAAACUGCUGAUGAAUCACAGGGCCUGUCCUCCUAUGUCCCCCUGUCUUCCCCCCAGCCACCUCUUACCACGCACAAAAACAGCAUCAGUACACAAAAACAAGACUCGGGCAAAGUCAAACCUUUAGGUCCUCAAACUUCUAAUACGGGCCAGUCAUCUGGCACCAACAGUGCAGUUAUGACGCCCAAACUGGCUCGUGCAGGACCCAAGAUCUUUGACAAGGUCCUUGCCUUUGAGGAGCGAAGGGUGGAUCUGCCACGAGGGGCAGCUUCCUUUGAAUCAGAUGAGAGUGGAAAGAAGACAGGAGGCCCGAGCAAAGAUGAGAGUCGAAUACUGCAGGGUGCAGCCCAGAAGAGAGCGGUAUUCAAGCAGAGGGCCUCUUCAUUAGAGGACAAGACAAACUACUCCCAGAGGAUCCAGAAUUACCAGAGCAAGUUCACAGAAGAGCUCCAGCGGAUCAAGAAGCUUGUGGGGAAACCAAGCUUGAAGAAGGCAUAUUCAACUGAGCAGCUGUCACAGAAAGACAGGCUGCACAUGGGGAAACUAGAACCCAUUCCUGCCCAAGUAGUUAAAAAGUUAGAGGCGAGGGAGCGAGUCCUAGAGGAAGGAAAAGUUGGGGAGAGGGAGGGGGGCAGCAUAUGGAAGAAUUCUCAGCAGGCCCAAGGCAAAGACCCGGGGAAUCAGAGCAGCAGCUCCGAAAAGGAAAAGAUGACACAGUCAGAUUUGCACGGGAAACCAGUAGAUAGCGCAAGGAAAAUCUCUGUUACCACGGCAACGCCACCAGUUCACCAGUUACCAGGACAACCAUUGCCAAUAGCUACAAAGACGAGCCUAAUCAGGGAAACCCUACAAAGCUCUCUGGCAGCUGACACACUUGUUAACACAUCCCACAAAUCUUCAUCCUCCUCCAGAGUUGAUUCAAAGAGAGACACCAACAUGGACAACAAGGCGGACCACCGAUCACCAGCCCCAACAGGGAAGAGAGCAUCCCCAGUAACUGUAAGGGAACCAGGACCCCAGUUCCCACCCAAGCCUCCUCGGCUCACCCCAUCACCCAAUCCUUCCAUCAGCCCGCUCCUAAAACGAAGGAAGGCGGAGGUGGGGCGGACAUCUCCGGCCAUGAAAGUGAACAUCCCCACCAUCCUGGUGGAGGAUGAACCCAUGGAGACAGAAAGUGUUCCACACAGGAGCAACGAGGGAAGGAAGAGGGAGGGCAGAGUACACAAGAGCAAAAAAGGCCGUUCUGCUCAACGGAAGUCUGCAGACGAAGGCGGUUCUUCCGAUGACUCUUACCUGUCUGCUGAUGAUGAGCCAGCUGAGGCCCCGAGGUUUGAGAAGCCUCUUGAGGACACCACCGCACCCAGCGCCUCUGAGGUCACACUGCAAUGCAUCAUCACUGGCAGCCCAACCCCUACUGUGACAUGGAGGAAGAAUAAUGUGGAGAUCCGGUGUGACGCGUUCCAUGUGGUUAAAGCUGAGGGCGAGAAGCAUAGUCUGGUGAUAAAGGAGAUGAGGCUGAGCAAUGCGGGGUCAUAUUGCGCCACGGCUGUCAACGCGGCGGGCAGAGCGUCAUGCAGUGCGACACUCUACAUUCAGUCAGAGCCGACCCACACGCAAUGUGGGAAAUCUGCUGUAUCUCUGGAAAUCAGCAGUCCAAUCCAGUCAGAUGAGGAGUACCUGAGUCCUCAGGAGGAGGUGAUGGAGGUCGGAGGCUCACUUCCUCACCAUUUAAAAGAGCCUCCCUCAUUUCAGGUGGCACCAUGUGACCAGGCGGUAACCGAGGGUCAAGAUGUUGUCAUGUCAGUGAAAGCCAGAGGCCAGCCCAAACCCAUGGUUUACUGGCUGAAGGACAGAGUCUCGGUGAAGACAGCAGGGCACUUCACUGUGCGAGAGAUGGAAGAUGGCACCAGUGAAAUGAGGAUCGGCUCGGCUCAGAGGUCAGAUGCAGGGCUGUAUGCUUGCAGGAUCAUCAAUGAGUAUGGAAGCAAACAGGCAGAGUGCAGACUGGAGGUCAGAGCACAAACGGCGUUGACGAUCACCAGGGAGGUAAAAGACGCAGCAGUGAGGGCUGGAGAAUCAGCCGUGUUUGAGUGUCACAUCACGGGACCUCCAGAUGUGGACGUGGACUGGUUGUCCAGGGGGAAGCUGAUCCAGCCUGCACUGCUCAACUGUAAGAUGCACUUUGACGGAAAGAGGUGCCGUCUCAUGCUAAAUUCAGUACAUGAAGACGACAGUGGGACAUAUACUUGCAAGCUGAGCACUGCCAAAGAGGAGCUGACCUCGAGUGCAAAACUGAUCGUCACGCCGUCCAAGGAGCCUCUGUUCACACGAAAGUUGGACAUCCUGGAGGUCAUCGAAGGACGCACGGCACGGUUUGACUGUAAGGUGAGCGGAUCGCCUGCUCCGAGAGUCACAUGGAUGCAUUUUGAGUCACGAGUGGAGGAGAGUGAUAACAUUCGCAUCCUUCAAGAGGGGGGUCGUCACUCGCUUGUCAUCACCCACGUUGGCAGUGACACAGAAGGAUUUUACACAGCAGUUGCUCAAAACAUUCACGGAAAGUCUGAAUGCACUGCUGAGCUGUACGUGCAAGAACCCCGAGCUGCCGUCUCCUCUCACAUGUCCAAGUUGGAGAAGAUGCCGUCCAUCCCAGAGGAACCUGAAGUGUUCGACAACGAGGUGGAGAAGAGGACCAUGCCGGACUUUGUGCAGCCUCUGGCUGAUGUGGAAGUCAUUGAAGGGAAGGAGGCGGUGCUGAAAUGCAAGGUGGCGGGCCUGCCAUACCCAACUAUUGCCUGGUAUCACAACAGCAGGCGCAUUGAGAACAGCGAGGAGCGCAAAAUGACUCAGUACAGGGAUGUCCACAGUCUGAUCAUUCGGGGCGCUUGUCAUGCUCACGGAGGUGUUUACAAGGCUGUCAUCUCCAACAAAGUGGGCAAAGCAGCCUGCUAUGCUCAUCUGUAUGUUACAGAUAUUGUUCCUGAUCCUCCUGAUGGGCCUCCGGUGAUUGAGGCCAUUACAGGAAAAACUAUAACCCUCAGCUGGAAGACACCAAAGAGACUCGACCCUUCACUUGAUGCCGGCUCCUUGGUGUAUGUGGUCCAGCAGCAGCCUCUGGGCUCCAUCCAGUGGUCUGUUGUGGCAUCAAACCUGAGGGAGACAAACUACACCGUCACCUCGCUGUCAAAGGGAGUCCGCUAUGCUUUCAGAGUCCUAGCAUCCACUGGGAAAACGCUUAGCAAGCCAUCGCCUGCCGCUGAUCUAGUCCAGCUGCUGGACAGAGGACCGUACUUGAGGAAAGCGCCGAUAAUUUUAGACAAGCCAGAAGUUGUGUACGUGGUUGAGAACCAGCCUGCCAACAUCACCAUCACGCUGAACCAUGUGCAUGCAGCUGUCACCUGGAAAAAGAGGGGCGUGGUGCUGGUCAGUAAGCCGGGGAUGUGCGAGAUGAGCAUGCCGGACGAUGAUCAACACACCCUGAAGCUGCAGAGGGUCAGGAGCACGGACAUCGGUCAGCUGGUGGUCACGGCCAGAAACCAGUUUGGCAGCGACCUGUGCACACUUCAGCUGGCCAUGGCAGUGCCUCCCAAAUUUGAGACCAUAAUGGAGGACGUAGAUGUGCAAGUCGGGGAAACAUGUCAUCUGGCUGUUGUGGUCGAAGGAAAGCCAGAUCCGGAUAUUCUGUGGUUUAAGGAUGAUGCGCUCCUCUCGGAGAGCAGCCACUUCACAUUUGUUUACGACGACCCAGAGUAUUCACUUGUCGUCCUCAACGCUCAGCCCCAUCACUCCGGCGUGUACACCUGCACUGCCAAGAACCUGGCCGGGUCCAACUCCUGCAAGGCCGAGCUCACAGUUCAUACAGAGCGAAAAGAAGCAGAAGAGCCAAUGGAGGAUGAGGGAACCAUUCUGAGGAAGAUGAGGCGUUUGACAGAUUACUAUGACAUCCACAAAGCGAUAGGGAGGGGGGCCUACUCCUAUGUGAAGAGAGUAACUCGCAAGAACGGAAAGACCGAGUUUGCUGCCAAAUUCAUUUCUGCUCGCGGAAAUAGGAAAGCCUUGGCUCUCAGAGAGAUGGAGCUUCUGUCUGAGCUGGAUAACGAGAGGAUUCUCUACUUCCAUGAUGCCUUUGAGAAGAAGAACGUGGUGGUGCUUAUCACAGAUUUAUGUCACGAGGAGUUGCUGGAAAGAAUGGCCAAGAAAACAACAGUCAUGGAACUGCAGAUCCGCAGCAGUGUUCAGCAGGUUUUGGAGGGUCUUCGCUAUCUCCACCAAAAAAAUAUAGCUCACCUCGACAUAAAGCCAGAAAAUAUUUUGAUGGCAAGUACAGGGAGUGAUCAGAUCCGCAUUUGCGACUUCGGGAAUGCCAUUAAAUUGGAGACUUCAGAGGAGCACUACUGCAAAUACGGCACACCAGAAUAUGUCGCUCCAGAGAUUGUUAACCAAACUCCAGUUUCCACAGCAACAGACAUAUGGCCUGUUGGUGUCAUCACUUACCUCUGCCUGACCGGCGUGUCACCUUUUGCGGGCGAGAAUGACAAAGCCACUGCUUUAAACAUCAGGAACUACAAUGUGGCGUUUGAGGAGAGCAUGUUUUCUGACCUCUGCAAAGAAGCAAAAGGAUUUGUCAUCAAGCUUUUGGUGGUGGACAGACUGAGGGCAAGUGCCAUCGAGUGCCUUCGUCAUCCUUGGUUCAAGUCACCAACAAACAAAAGCAUCAGCACAGCUAUGCUAAAACAAGUUUUGGCUCGAAGGCGAUGGCAGCGUUCCCUCAUCAGCUAUAAAUCCAAAAUGGUGAUGCGGUCCAUCCCUGAGCUCCUAGAUGACUCAAGCAGCCAUGUCUUCAUUGCUGUGGCCCGGCAUUUAAAAGAAGGCUCCCCGCCACCCUCCUCUUCGUCUGAUUCAGAUGCAGAUGUGGAUGAGCUUCCCUUUAUUCCUAUGCCACUGUCCAUGGUUUUCUCGGGUUCCAGGGUCUCCCUCAAUGAGAUCCCAGGGGAUGAAGAUGUCACGGGACGGCACGGUUUCAUUGCAGAUGGGACAAGGAAAAAGGAAAGCAUAGGUGCAAAUAAUAGAGGAGGGGCUACUAAAUGCAUAAAAGAUGAAGACAUAACCCCAAAUGAGGCGCAAACAGAAAAUAUAAAACGAGCUCCCUUGAAAAAAGGAUCAAGUGUGGAGUCAGAUGAAUCCCAGACAAAAGCCAGGCGGUCUACAAUAAGGAGGGGGAGUUCUGCCGAUUCAGCGCUGCUUCUCCACAUUGACCCAGAAGAAGAAAGUGCAGAAAAGGAAUCAGAAGAAAGAAACAAGAGUUUGAAAAAGGCUGUUUCCAUGGAACUACCCAAUCGCAGUCCAAGCCCUGGGGCUACAAAGUUAAGCCAGGAGGAUUACGCCCUAAAACUGGAACUGAUGAGACAACGGCUGCUCAGGGGAGGAAAUGUGGACAAAAAUAUGAGUGGCCUUCGAGGGCCCCUUUUUGAAACACUCGGCAUUGAAGAUGAGAGGCAAACAGGAUCCCUUGAUCGGAAUUUGAGGAGAUCAAGAACUGGGCCGUCAGCACUCGUCAGAGCAGCUUCCUCUGAGAGUCCAGGAGAAGACACGCCAAAGACUAAAGUUUUUCGCAAAAGUACCUCUUUCACUCAGGGGGAUUCUGAGCCCAUGCCCCUGCACAGAAGGUUUGGAGCCCCCUUAGAGAUACCAUCUGUGGGUAGUUCUAGCAUAGUAGGGAAGAAGCUCCAGGAGGCAACCUCGAUGUCUGCACUAACAGAAGACACAAAAGCGGAGUCUGCCUCAACCACAGCACAGGGAAGACCAGACCAACAGGAAAAACAUAUGAGCGAACUUGGUGAGGAAGAAGGGAUGAAAGAAAAAAGGACCAAGUCCCAAAUAGAAGGGGCAGACAAAGAAGAAUGUGAUUAUGCGUAUCCUUCUGUUAUUACUCCUAUAAUAAUAAUAGAGGAGGAGGAGGAUGAAGAAGAGAGGAAAGAAAACCAGGCAUUACAUAUCAGCAAGCAGAAAGUGAAAGACAAGGAAAUGUCACAGAGUAGUGAAGAAGCAUCAUUUGCAGGGCAGUCUCAAACAUCUGACAAACCCCAAUCCAAGGAUCCUUCUACUAUAGCCAAAACAAAGUCUGCAGAUGCAUCUUCAUCCCCGGAACAUCCAGCAGUAUUUGCCAAAGUAGCAACACCUGAGCGAUCUCCAGGUUCUGUCUCUUCUUCAUCAAACCCAGACCUUCCUUCCAUCCCUCGCCAGCUUAUUCUCAGAACAGACAUCAAAGACAUUGACUCAGAGGAGCUCUUUGAAGCGAGGUUUAAAAAGCGAGAAUCGUCUUUGACCCGUGGCCUCAAAAAACUCACCAGAAACAAAUCAGAGGAGAAAUCGCCUGUAUUAAGUAGAAAAGCAAAUGAGGGGGCUGAAGAGAUUUAUAGGCCUGCACCAAGAGGGGCGCCUCUAGAAAUGGUAUCGUCAGGACUUAAGGAGAAAUCGAAAUCUGUUCAAGAUUUAAGAAGAGAUGACCAAGAAACAGGCCUUGGUUUAAUUGGAAGGUUUUCCUUGCGGGCCAAGAGGUCACCAUCCACUGAGAAGAAGGUUCAGAAAUCACAAGAAGAUAAGCAAUCCAAUGUGCAGGAAACGGCUAAAAGCAAGAGAGUGUCUUGGGCUGUUGGUCGCAGUAAGUCUUUGGAUACAAAGGAACUGAAUGGUGGAGGGACACAGAAGAAUGUGGAUGACAGGGAGCAAGGAAAAGCUGAGGAGUCGUCUGUAUCUGCCAUGAGGCGUAAGUUUGAGUCCAAAGUGGCAGGAAUCUCUGCCAAACUAAGGACUCAGUCAGAGGAGAGGAACAAUAAAGACACAGAGAAAGAGCUGGCUCAAGGGGAUUUACACAAGGUCACAGACUCUCCUGUCCUGGCAAUGAAACAUAGGUUUGAGAACAAAGUGGCAGGAAUAUCUGCAAAAAUACGCAGUCAGUCUGAAGAGAGAAAAGGAGAUUCAGAGGGAAAGCGCACACCCCUGUUUACCCGCCACCGUCACUCUCAGUCUGAGGGCCGUGGACUCAAAGGAAUGGGAAUCCCUGAGAAUCAGCUAGCAAAACAAACUGGCGCCUCAGGGUCUAAGGAAUCAGUUGAAUCCACUUCUAGCAUCCAUUCUGAGAGUGAGAGAAGGUCACGGUGGGACAGGUGGGGUUUGACAAGGGGCAAGAAAGACAAAACGCCUUCCCAAUCUGAUUUGCCCUCAAGCGUCCCCAAAGAAGAGGCAAAAAGCCAACAGUUUGUCCGCUCUGCUUCAGAUUUUGCUCCAGUGUUUCACAUCAAAUUGAAAGACCACGUCCUGCUGGAGGGGGAACCUGUCACUCUUAGCUGCCUUCCAGCUGGUAGCCCACAACCACAAAUUACAUGGAUGAAAGAUCGGAAACCACUGGAGGUGGAUGACAGAGUCAACCUAAUCUCCCACCCAGAUGGAAGACAGCUUGUAAUGAUCAGAAAAUCCACCUAUAAGGACGCCGGGGUUUACGAAUGUGUAGCAUCCAACCCCAUAGCUACUAUUACUACCUCCUGUACUCUUUCCAUAGCUUGUGUCCCCAAACGACCAGGGACCCCUGAAGUUCCUCAGACUUAUAACAACACAGCCCUGGUGCUGUGGAAGCCAUCUGAGACAAAAUCUCCAUGCAGCUACAUUCUGGAAAGAAAAACCGAGGGUGAUUCGAACUGGUUAACUGUAGCCACUGGAAUUGCCGACUGCUACUACAAUGUCACAGACCUGCCACCAGGUGGCACCUUCAAGUUCCGCGUGGCCUGUGUGAACAAGGCCGGACAGGGGCCGUACAGCAACUGUUGUAGGCCAGUUAGCUUGGCGCCCACAGUUGGAGGAGCUUCACCUACCGUUGCUGUUGUAAAGACAGCCCCAACCCCACCUGUGAUUACCUCCUCAGUGACAUUCCCUUCACACAAACCAGUCCAAAAUAGCGUUCCCAGAUCAACGGUCUCCACCAUCACCUCCACUUCCUCUACUCCAAAACAUAAAGCCCUCACUGAUGCAUCCUAUCUUCAAUCUGCAUCUCCAUCAUCUACAAUUGUGGUGACUCCUAUCCCUCUAACCUCCUCGCCUUCCGGCCCUUCAACAAACCCUUCAUUGCCAUCUGCAGGUGCAACAGUGGAUGGCACACAAAAAAUAAGCCCCACUCUCCCUUCAUCAUCCACCUCCAAAGCAACCUCUCCCUUUGUCCUCCCCAAACCUCAGAGUCCAGUAAAUGUGGUGACUCCUAUGACACAGACUGCAGCUGUAUUACCCCCACCUUCUGUUGUAACCCCACCUUCGACCCCCACAAAACCAACCGUGGCCUCAGUACCCACAUAUGUCCCCACGAUCACUGCUACUGCUCGUGUGGCCCCGACUCCGGUGUCCUUUACCCCACAAGUACUACAGACCUCCAGCUUGAGUCCCAUCGGUGAUGGAGCCAGUACCCCCGCCAGAGGCACCCCAUCGGGACGCGCUACACCCUCUACUGCUCUACGACAGGGAGUUCCACAGAAACCGUACACUUUCCUAGAUGAGAAAGCGAGGGGUCGGUUUGGAGUCGUCCGAGAGUGCAGAGAGAAUGCGACAGGUAAAAUCUACAUGGCAAAGAUCAUUCCCUACAUUCAAGAGAACAAGCAGGAGAUCCUGAAGGAGUAUGAAAUCCUGAAAUCUCUUCACAAUGAAAAAGUCAUGGGUCUCCACGAAGCCUACAUCACACCACGCUACCUGGUGCUGGUGGCAGAGUACUGCACUGGCAAAGAGCUGCUAUACAGCCUUAUAGACAGGUUUCGUUACUCUGAAGACGAUGUGGUGGGAUACCUGGUCCAGAUUGUCCAGGGGGUCGAGUACCUCCACAACCAUCGCAUCCUCCAUCUGGACCUCAAGCCUGACAACAUCAUGGUGACCAACCUCAACGCCAUCAAGAUUGUGGACUUUGGGAGCGCGCAGACCUUCAACCCCCUCAGCCUCAAGCAGCAGGAAUCAGGACCAGGAACGCUGGAGUACAUGGCUCCUGAGAUGGUGAAAGGCGAAGUGGUUGGUCCUCCUGCAGAUAUUUGGACUGUUGGCAUUGUCACCUACAUUAUGCUUAGUGGUCACCUCCCCUUUGAAGAUAAGGACCUUCAGCAUGUUGAAUCCAAAAUCCUGAUGGCCAAGUUUGACCCAACGAAACUGUACCCAAAUGUGUCUCAAAGUGCCUCUGCAUUUCUCAAGAAGAUGUUGAGCAGUUACCCAUGGGCCCGCCCGACUACAAAAGAUUGCUUCACACAUGCCUGGCUGCAGGACUCCUACCUGAUGAAGCUCAGGAGACAGACUCUCACCUUCGCCUCCAGCCGACUUAAAGAGUUCCUGGUGGAACAACAAAGCCGUCGCACAGAGGAAGCCACCAAGCACAAAGUGCUGUUGCGGACCUACCAGAGCUCCCCUCAGUCCCCGGCAUCUGGGACUUCUCCGCAUGUUCCAAGCCCAAAGUGAGGUGACAGUAAAGAAGCCACACUGAAAUAAAAAAUCGGAGCUCGUUGCAUCUUAAUACGUCCUCUGUAACCGAAGCAGACAGCCUCGAUUCAACAACAGCGGGAUUCUUACGUUAAAGAAAAUCCCAGUGAAGGAGAAGCCGACCGCUGUGAUGUGAAUCCACGACUUGCAAACUGCUAAUUCACAAGAAGGACACAGGAUUUCUUUUCUUUGAUUGCACAGUUUCUCAGUCACAUUGUGGUUUCCGAAAUUGCACAUCAAUAUUCAGUUUAGCCUCGGUCUCCACUCUGCACGAUCAGCCUGGAACAUGUGUACCAUGAAUACUUUUACCUUGUUUAUGCCACUAAGAUUAGUAGUAGUAAACAACUCAUGUGAAUGUACCAUGAUUUAAGCUGCUAUCUUAUGUAUUUUUUGCAUUUAGCCACACAUUUUAAAACCCAACCAAAAAGAUGU